AUGGCUGAACAAAGACAGGAUACUCUAAACAAAAGAAAAGUGUUUACUAGAAGCGAUGCUGUUGUUGGGGAUGAUGAGAAUAAGGAGGUGUCUAUAAAGCAGGCUGAGUCUCCAAAGAAGCAGUUAACGAGAGAUCUUUCAUAUGCCGAUUCUAUGGGUAUUGAUGUUUUACGUUUUGUGGAGAACACACUUCAUAAGAAUGCUAAAGAUCGGGAAUUUUUGCUUUUUAUUGAAGAGGAGACGAGGAAAUUUGUUGAGGAUGAAAGCAAAUCCUAUCAUUGGUUUCCUCCAACAUCUUCCUACAAUCGAAUGUUGAUUCAUCGUGUUGCGGCUUUCUUUGGGCUUAUUCACAAUGUGGAUCAAAGUGGACAACAAGUGGUGAUUACUAAACAGAAGGGGCAUACACGAAUUCCUGAUAUCAAGUUCAGUUCGUUGAUUAAACAUUCAAACUUUGAAGACAAAUUUCAUUUUGGACGGCGAAAUGUGCAGAGUUUUGAUGAGUCAAACAUUUCGACACUUGGAAAUCAUCGAAACACUACAACUAAUUUUGGCGGGCCACCUCCCUCAUCAUUUCGUCCAUUUCGGAAUCGUUUUUAUACUUCUGGAAGUUCACAAUUUAACAACAACAAUAACAAAUCUAGACGUACACGUUCUUUUGAAAUUUCUGAUUGGACAAAUUCUUCAACAACAACUUUGUUUAAUCAACAACAACAAUUUACUGCUUGGUUACAACCUUCAAAUUUGGAAAUUGUAACUGGUGGAGGAGAAGGAAUGAGUACUUCAAAUUGUAGUAGUAGUGCAAGUAGUGGGGCUGUUAUUCAUCAUCAAAUGGCUGUUGGGGGAAAUGGAAGUUGUGGAGGGGGAGGAAUUCCUUUCCAAAUUUAUCCGACAGGACAGAUUGUGUUGACUAAUGAGCCGUCAUUAAUUUCGCCAACUAGUGCUUUUAGUGAACCAAUAAUCACUAAUAAUCAACAACAACCACUACAACAACAACAACAAUUACCACCAAUAAUUCAAUCAACAAAUGGAAUUGGUGAAAAAAGUGAGGAAGGAGGAGGAGAAAAAGAUGAGCAACAAUUAAAUAAUUUAAAUAUUUUAGAACAACAUCAACAACAACGUUCACAAAUUCCUUCACUUUUUUCAAUACAACCAUUGAUGUCACCACCUAUAAUGCCACAAAAUACAGCUACAAAUAUAUUGCCUAAUCAGCAACAAUAUAUUAAUCCGUAUAUGGCUUUGCAAUACCAAUAUCAGCCAAUGAUGAUCAAUAAUGCUGCAAAUCCAGCCCAAUACCAAUAUUUUACUGAUAAUGCUAAUAUAUUGCACUACUACCCAACUUAUUAUCCAAUUUAUCAACCUCAUCAACAACAACAAACUUUCAUUGAUCCGUAUCAUCCUUUGACUGAGGAAAAUGACAAUACAAGACCAUCAAUAAUCGAAAAACAAUUUGAAUCAUUAUCAAUAAAUCAAGAAGGAACGACGCCUCCAAAAUGUAACAACAACAACGGUAAUAAUAAUAAAAAUAAUAAUAAUGGUGUUGGGAAGCCUAGUACUUGCUACUAG